UAGCUCAUGACUCAGAAAGCAGGGAUUUAAUUCACACAUAAACUAUGAUAGCUGAUUUAUUGUAUAGGUGACGCACAUUAAACUGCUAAUAUCAUGUAAAGAAUACGCUAAAAUAAGUUAUUUUUAAGGUUGGCUGUUUUUAUGUUUGGAAAUCGGAGCUUUUCUAAGAGUACCUGAACGCGUCCUGCUGGUCUGUGCUGUAAACAGACGGUGUGUUCAGGGACGCAGCUGAACUCCGGGUGGAUCUGACCAGAACCAGGACUAAACUACACAAAACAGCGAUGCUCUGAGUGUGAGCAUCAUCACACAGAAAGGAGGGACCAACCAACUGUAUUUCCUUCAAAGUCACACAGCUAGGUCCUCUCCUGAGUCCACAAUGGCCACCCUCGAGGACGGGGGCAUAAACACCUUUGGCCGGGAGCUGCCAGCCAUGUUUGAUGGCGUGAAGUUGGCGGCGGUGGCCACUGUCCUCUACAUCAUCGUCCGCUGUCUGAACCUGAAGAGCACCACAUCGCCACCGGAGACCAUCUACCAGGACACACCGCUCAGCCGCUACCUGUUCAAAACCUGCCCGUUGCUGACCAAAGAAUACAUUCCUCCCUUGUUGUGGGGUAAAAGCGGACAUCUCCAGACGGCCCUGUACGGCAAGAUGGGACGUGUCAACACGCCAACGCCCUGCGGUGUCCGCAAGUUCCUCCCAAUGCAGGACGGGGCCACGGCGAGCUUUGACCUGUUUGAAGCACGUGGAGACCACAGCACAGGAGAUGACAUUACCAUGGUAAUCUGCCCUGGGAUCGGUAACCAUAGCGAGAAGAACUACAUUCGGACCUUUGUGGAUCACUCCCAGCGGCAGGGUUACCGCUGCGCCGUCCUCAACCACCUGGGAGCCCUCCCCAACAUGGAGCUCACCUCGCCCCGCAUGUUCACCUACGGUUGUACCUGGGAAUAUGCGGCCAUGGUGAACCACAUCAAACAAGCUUUUCCUCAGACACUGCUGGUGGUCGUGGGCUUCAGUCUGGGGGGAAACAUCGUCUGUAAGUUCCUGGGUGAGAACCCAUCCAACCAGGACCGAGUGCUCUGCUGUGUCACCGUCUGUCAGGGUUACAGCGCCCUCAGGGCUCAGGAAACAUUCCUUCAGUGGGAUCAGUGCCGGAGGCUCUACAACUUUGUGUUGGCGGACAACAUGAAGAAGCUCAUCUUGCAACACAGGAGCAGUCUGCUUAGCCUGAACUCCACCAACAUAGGUGACGCAGACAUCGGCCGACUGUACGCAGCAACGUCUCUGAAUCAGAUCGACGACAGCAUCAUGAGGAAGUUUCACGGCUACAGCUCGUUGAAGGAGUACUACGAGAAGGAGAGCUGCGCGCACUACAUGCACAAAGUCACGGUGCCUCUCCUCCUGGUAAACUCCUCAGACGACCCACUAGUCCAUCAGUCACUACUGGAUAUUCCACGCACGCUCGCGGAAAAAAUGCCGAAUGUGAUAUUCGCCCUGACCCAACACGGAGGCCACCUGGGCUUCUUCGAGGGAGCCGUGCUGUUCCCUCAUCCCCUCACCUGGAUGGACAAGGUCAUAGUCGAGUACACCAACGCCAUCUGCCACUGGGAGAAGAAGCAGCCGGCGUGCAGAGGAGCAGCCACCAGGACAUGAACUCCUGCCUGCAGAGCACAGGGGUGACACUCAGUGGGUAACAUGCUGUACCUAGACAAGUCUGGAGACAAAACAAUAGACCAAAACAUACACACUCUGUAUUUGCUCUACUUGAGUACUAAUGGCACUUAAAGUUGAGGAAGUAAUUCUGGGAAAUGUAGGAAGUCACUGAAAUGGAUCAGUAAAGGCUAAGUUGAAGCGGGUAAACUGAAACACAUAAGAUACCUGAAAAUGUAACAUGACUCCAUGGUGAAUCGGUCCUUCCUCUUGUUCCCAGUUAACCUCCAGUGUAACACGAGUUCACCCUCUGCUGGUUUUUGGCAGCUGCUGCUUCUUCUUGAGUCUGGAAAGCAGAGUGAUAUAAUUAGUGGGGAGGGAGACGUACUGCAACCAGAGGAUGACCUUUGACCUGCAUGUAGAAAAGUGUGUUUUUCUACAUGAAAACUUUCCUAGAAACUCAAAUAUUCAUAAAUCAGUUUACAAAAAAAUUA